UCAAUGACGAAACCGGUCGCCAGCAAAAAGUUCGGCGUUCUGACCGUCGCGCUAGUAGACGCGUCGAGCUCACCCAUGCCGCCUGCCACUCAAACCCCACGAUACUCGAACACAAACGACAUGCAGAGGGGACCAAAUGUCCGAAUGGCGCCAGAGAGGAUUUGUCCAGGAUUCGGAUGAGGAAGAGGAAGAGUCCCAGAUUGAAAGCCAGCACUCUGAGCAACAUGCACACUUACAAGAACGCGUCGAGCGCGUUCUGGAGGAUCAGAAGGGGAAGGGAGGGGUCGCAGAUGCAAUGACAGAGGAGCAGAAAGAUUCGAGAAGCAUCUAUGGUUCUCUGGAAGCGGGUUCGAGGGCAUCAGAGAGUACUGCAGGUGACCGAACACCCACGAAGCGCAGCUCGCCUAUAAGGCCAACGCCUUCGCCCUUUACGCCUUUCACAAGACAGAUGUUUCGUCAUGAGCGCUCCGAGAGCCCGGAUCCUCUACAGAGCUCGCCCAAGUCGAACCGGCAGCUACAAAGACCCGCCCCUUCUUCGCCACGAAUUCGGUCGUCUGUUCAUCAACGAAACUCUCAAGAGGAAAUCGAGCUUCGAGCAUUUGCGCUCCCUUCACAAAUACUCGGCGAGACCGUAGAGGCAGUUCAGGCGAAUUCAAGGAACAGCGAUGUGGGACAGGGCAAAGAUUCAGGCAUCCUUAGCCAAUUCGGGAUAUCAGCUUUCUCAGAUGACUCUGGGGACGACCUGAACCCAGCCCGGGAUUCAGAUGCGGAGUCAAAGCUUUCAGACUAUCCUUCAGACCUGUCCGACACAGAUGUUCAACCAGCAGCACAGUUUGCUACGCCUCAUCGGCGAACUGCUGUCCGAGUGGUGAUUCCCUCUUCCACGGCUUUGCAGCAUCAGCUUGCGCAGGAGGAAGCAAGACGGCGCCACUUCCGCCAGCGAAAGCCAAUUCAGCUACACCCGUAUGUCCUGGAAGGCGAACGAUACCGCAGAGAAGUCCAGAGCAGAGGCCUUAAGCCGGUCCCUCGAGAACGAUCUCCGCAACAGAGGCAGCGGCAGAACAACCAAGAAACCCAGGAGGAAGACUUCAAUCCCUUCGGACACUGUUCCAGCAGUCCCCCAGAUCCUGAGAUCUUUGUCUCUACGCCCGUUGCACAGCAUUCCAGCAAGAGUGGUCAGCAAUCUUCGACGAAGCGGCCCAUGACUGGUUCUGCACGACGCAAUUCACCCACUCUGCAGCUCCGUGUGCCUAAGCCAGCAAAGAGAAGGAGACUCGAUGGAUCACUGGCACAGGCUGUGACUACCCCAGCAAGGACUUUUGAGAGCAGUCCUGUCCCUAUCGACAUCUGGUCUGUACCGCCUAAUUCACCGCCCUACUCCAGCAGCCCUCCGCUCAAUGCAAGAGUGGACAAGCUGCUCUCGAAGCAAAAUAUUGACAGUCUUCCUACGCCUUCCAACUCAUCGACUUUCCACGACGAGACUCCGCAAUUGGUCGAGUCGGAUUCCGACCCUGUCCCUCGCAGCGCUCAAAGGGCGGGCAGUGGGUUACGUUGGCCAAGGAGGACUAUUCUUGGCGAUGAACUGUCGUCAGACUCAGAUGGAGCUAGUGGCGAGUCAGAGCAAGGGGAAGGGGAGCUGCAGAAGGUCAGCAAAAAGAUCAGAGGCGUACUGCCGGCAUCUUGGCUUCGAAUCGAUCAGCAGGCACAGGAGCGACGACAGGUCCUUGCUCGCCAACAGGCUCGAUUGAACGCUACUCAAUCCCCUGAGCCUGCAGAACCUCAACGAGGAGUGGCGCAAAGGGUCACUAAGGCCCCAGGCCGUCCUGCAGGGUUUGCUAGGCCAGCCAUUGACCCAGCAGGCGUGAUGGUCAUCUCAGAUGAUUCCGACACAGAGGAUGUAGAAAGCAUUGUUUAUCGACAAGCUAGCGACAUACAGGACUCGAUCGAGGAGGCAACUGCUCUCGCUGCAAAAUUUGAUGAUCGGUACGCUGACUCUGGCGAUGAUCUGGCAAGCAUGGAACAUGAUCGACUUCAAUUGCCUACUCUUGGGGGCUCGGGAGCAAAGCGAAAGCGACAGCCCAAGAUCACGGACGCGUGGGGCAACACCAAACGAACGAAGACUCUGAUGGCUCAGCCUAAGAGCUCUCGCCAUUCAGGGCCUAGGUCUGGCCCGUCUACGCAUAAGAAGCAUACAGGGCGAAGAAAGGCACGACGGACCCCGCCACCAGCCCUCAGUGUGCUGGAUAUCGAGCUACCCUCAGUCGUACCCCAAUUCCUCCGGCUUGCGAGGCGAGCGGCACGCCGAGACAUCAACCAAGCACGUCAAAGUCUGCAUCGCAAGCAAAUACGGUUGCACACUGCACAAGACACCGAGGAUGCGAAUGCCGCCCUCCAGCAGUGGAGACAAGGUGUUUUGAAACCCAAGGUCAAGCCUGCCUCUGGCCGGAAAUAUGAGGAACGUCGACCGCUAGUCGAUACAACGGACAACCAACAAUGUACCCCACGAAUCCCACGAAUGAGCAAUAUCGAGAAGAAUCCCGUUAUUGAUAUCACAAGUGAUUCAACACCAAGGGAUCACCCACAGCCACGUAAGCGUAGAGCUGUGGCUCCUGCCCUCCGGGUGCUUCAAAGGUCCUCAAACCCCAUCAGUAAGCAAAUGCUACCGAGGAAGGUUGCAAAGACGGUCGAACCAUCCGGAAAUUUCAUGCAGCGUGGACCGUUGCCUCAUAGGGCUGCGCAGCUAGAGGGUGAAGAACAGAGUUUUGGCAGCAGUCACCGCAAGAUUGCGUUUCAGAAGGGCUUACAGCGGGUGGAACAGCAGGCUGCUAAUUAUAACGCCCCCCAGCAACCUCUCCUGAAUCCGCAGCUGGCGCGCUUUCUUGCUGAUGACGAUGCUGUGCUUCCGCCGUUAUCGACAGCUAAGGAUAUUGGUGAAGUCCAGAUCGAGAACGUCGGCGACAGCAGUACUGUCGCUACUGCUCCUGCACCGAGGGAACGCCUGGUGCGCAAACCUCACGCCAAGCGAAUCGAUGUCGAUGCACGAGAGUACAGACAGCCAAGCGAACCAACGUUCGAUCCCGUCGUUGCUGUUCCAGCGUCGACCGCGGACGAAAAUGUCUCUACAGAGAAACAAGUCGACGCAUUGCAUGGUCUUGGCCCCUAUGGCACGCGUUAUCCCACGACUUUCGAUAUCACCCCGCUGCGAGGCGAUACGUACUUCCAGGCGGACACAUUUGUCGGCUCUGAAGAUCUGCGACGAGCUUUGUCGACUGGUAGGCCUGACGCUCGAGAUCUGGAUGAAGCCGCCGGGUAUUGCACAAUCUCACAUGAUUCAACUACGAUCAGAUGCGGGCCAUGGAACGACGAGACGUACUAUCAAAUCUGCGACCUGGCGACAGCAAUUCUGCUCCCUUUGAAUGACAGCAUCAACUCUGAGGUCAAAGAUGGAAUUUUCUUUGCAGUCCUCACAUCUCUCUCGACUAUAUUGCGAGCGCUGUCAUCAUACUUUGCAAGUCACCUUAGCUUCCUAGAUCCUAUCGAUCGAUCGGACUUCAUGAGGAAGAUGCAACCUCUUCUGCAGACGAUUUACGAUCAAGUAGCCACGAUCCACCUCGUUAGAUCUGAAGCUUCACCACAAUCAGAGCAAGCACGUGUGCUGAGUUACCUAUUGGUUGUUGGUAUUCAGGUCCAGCAGAUCGCAGGAGAUCUUAUGAGCAACAACCCGGACAAGGCCAAGCUGUCAGACAUGAUCAAGGGCAUCUCCCAGCGCAUCAUGAAGAACAUUGCUAAGAGCACAAAAUAUCUUCACGGUUUUCACGAGAAGAACAAGUCGUACAAAGAGCGCGAAAGUGGCAUCCAGGAGCACGAUAUUUGUGUCGAAAAUUUCGUCGUCUCUAUGCAUGCGCUAGAGCUGCUCAAUGCGCCAUCUUUGAGCGUCUGGGAUGUGAUGAGUCAAGAGCUAUCCUCGCACCUGACUGCGGCCACACAGGUCCAGAUCUUCGAGAACGUAUGGGCUACAAUUUUUGCGCUCCUGCCCUUAGCAGAGUUUGAUUUGUCCGGCAUCCCUGAUCGAAGUCGAACCCAUUACUUCAACAGAGAUAACUGGGGCUGUCUGUGCGAUCUCCUCAGGCGAGUCCUGGGCUCCUACCUUGGAACAUCACAGCAGCAGGCCCUUUCGGCGAAUGAAUACAUACGCAUUAACCUCACAAGAUGCUAUGUCCUCAUUAGUGAAUGGCACUGGAAGCGUCCGGACCAAGUUCUCAACGUCAUAUUUGACUUUUACGGCAGGCACGGUCUGAGACCACUUCGUCGCGAGACUGCAACAGGCUCAGCACAAUUCUUGCAAAACUUCGCAGUAGUUGGCAGUUUGGCUCUAGCACCCAACGACAGCUCAUUCCACAUCGCACUCAAAUGUUUAGCAGUGGGCUUGCAAGGCAUGACAGGUUCGUAUCUGGAGAAGAAAAUACGCAGCUUUGUAUUCAGGCGCAUACCAAACCAUGGCCGCACGUACCCGAAAGACCAACCACUCGAGGAGGCGAGCCUGGCUGCCUUGCGGAAUCAUCACGAUCUGCUAUCUACACUCUACUGUGCGGCGCCACCUUCCUGUCGUCCGAAAUUGGAGCGCAUUCGCGAUCUUGUGAGCCAUGAGACCUCACAUCGGGAGGCAUGCCGAGUCAGUGUACGUGCAUGGGCAAACCUGAGCACGUUCCAAUUGUCGACCGACGAGUCAUACGACAGCGCGAGGCCGUUAGCCUACUGGUACAAAGACAUUAUGCAUCAGACUCUGAAACAAUACCGACUGGCGAAGAUCGAAGCCGAGGAUUAUCUGACAUCUGGAGUCCUUGACGGCACCAGUGAAGUCGCCAAGACCAUGGUACGUCAAACAAUGGCGAAGAAUCAGGAGCAAGCCAUCGCAACGCUGCGUGAUAGUAUUGCAGGCAUGAGGAAGACCGUCGGGUGUGCCAAAGAUCGAGCCAGUCUCGCAGCAUUCUUGGCAGACUCUGAUUUUGUCCAACUGCUCGAGCUCCCGCAUCUGGAUGACCAUCGACUUGUCACUUUGGUCAGAGACACACUAGCAGUCCUCCGACAAUACGUAGCUUUACGACGGGCUGAACAGCAGCAGCAGCACGUGAGCCAGUCAAGAAGCGAGGAAAGUCAAGAAUAUGGCGAUUUCCCAGACCUGGAUGAUCUGGAUGACACAGAAGCACUCCAACCUUUCCAGGCGACGAUCGUGCCUGGAGCUUCGCGGUUCGAGUAUAUACAGGGUCCGCUUUGGCACUUGAUGUCCAACGCUUUUGGUGCUGAGGGUUUGCGAGACGAUAGUCUUCUGAAGGACUGCGUCGACAUAUGGGUUGACAUUGCCAGUGACCGAGUCACGACUGGUGAGAAGCGGUGGUCUUACUACAUAGAGUCGUUCGGUCAAGUGUCCUGGCAGCAGUUGCGGCGUACCGAGCAAACGAACAAGUUCGGUCCGUACUUCAUGGCGGCUGUGAUCACCUGCGAUCCUACUGCCUACGCACAGCAUCGUCACGAAUUCUUGACGGCGCUUUUGCUGUGUCUGGUUGAUAAAGAGUCCAUGCUCAGAUUCCAACAUCGACUAUUGGAUGCCAUUGUACAGACAGACACUAAUCACCCUAUGCUGAGAAAUCUACCAUUCUACACGGUCGAAAAUGGCGGUGGAUUGGAUAUCACCUCAGAAACCUUGCGGUCAAGACGCCUCGCACUUCUCUCAAGCCUGCUUUCCAAUAUGAGAGAAGACUUGGACGCCCUCGCCGUACAAGAACCGACACGUGUACCAGAGGUCAAGAGAACAUACGCGGCGAUCUUAAAGGACUUCAUGAACCGGCUGAAGAGCAACUACCAACAACUGCAGCAAGGAGAUGCUGUGACAGGAGCAUACGUGGAGUUCGUGCAGAAGAUUGUUCAAUUUCUCAAGCAGUACACAGGCGACAUCUGUCCCGUUCUGCCCUUCUUCACAGAUUCGGUCGCCUUCCCAUUACCAUCGACCGAUCCCACAUAUGUCGUCGGUCGUCUUUGUGGAUACGCGCCGAAAGCGAAAGACCCAGGAACCGCCAAGCAGCUCUCUGUCUUCAUACAGACCGUGGCACAGCAGGCCGCCGCCGACAACCAGCAGGUCUACCUUGUUGGUCAGCUCAAAAGAGCUCUUUGUACCAACGAAGCGCCUUUUGCUGAUCGAGCGGCGUUACGUACUGUGCUGCUCCAAGCCAUCUUCCCAGCUUAUAUCGAAGUGGCAUUCUUGUCACGACCAGGUCACCUUGUUGCCAGGCCAAUCCUGCAGUGCUUGUCUGCGGUGCUUGGCGAGAUCAAUUACGACUUGCGCGUCAGCCAGCCCGAAUCCUUAUCAACAGCCAUCCAGAGCAUCGUAUCCAUUGCACAUGCGUUCAUCCGCGCCACGGAACAUCUGAAGGGCGAUAUCUCGUUGUUCCAACAGUCGAACACCUCGGAUGGGCUUUUGCACAUGUUCGAUAUCGCCAUGACUACUUCACGCAUAUUAGACUACAUUGUAGACCGUGUCGUCGGGGUCGGCAGACCUCCGCUUGUCAUCUACCUUGAGGAAUUCAGCAUAUACACUGAGCAAAUGCUCAACGGCACAGUACCAGACGAGGUGCCAUCAUACCGGGGAGACGCAAUUGCGGCAUCAUCGAACGCGCAAUAUGCCGAUAUUAUGGCAUUCUGUCAGAAAGGCUUGCUGGACAGCUUGAAAACGAAUUGGAGCGCUGAUGACGUCUCCAUCUGGUUCGGCCAGGGACACACGAAGAAGCAAAUCGCGUACGACACAGGAUCGGUCGAAAGUGGGAAGACAAGGUUAUUGGCCGCGCUGCAUGCAUUUCAAGACACCAUACAUGAAUUGGUAGGAACCGAACAGCAUUACCUGGCACCGACCAUUGGAGAGUACAUCAUUGUUUAGUAUUUAGCGAUUUUUACUUAGCGGCAUCAAUGGCGUUAUCGGGUAGCGUUAGAACGACGAUCAACGAAUGUGACGAUUCAUC